CGUGACUAGAGUCAUUCCGCUCAUGUAAACGUAGUUACGGUCAAGUUUAGUCGACCGCUUAGGGAAACCCACCACCGGGAACCGCCGUUGAAGACGUUGCAGGAGACGUCGCCGGGGUCCCGGAGAUUCGACGCCAGCUUCGCUGCAUCGUGACAAGGAGACCGUGUACAGGACGCCACGAUACGGCGAGGAAAGAGAAGCGGAAGACAGCGCAGGAGAAUGUCGACUUGCACCGACGAGGCCGACAACGCACCCCUGCACAUGCAGGAGGCUCUGUCCCCGGUGCAGGAGGGCCCAGUGUCUCCAGCGUCCUCCUCCCUGAGCAACCAGAAUCAAAACGAGAGCGAGCAACAGGUGUUACUCGCCACAAUGCAGCCGGUGAACGUGCUGGACCUGCACGAGCCAGCGUCGGUGCAUUCCCUUCAUCCAAAGUAUCAUCACCAUCACCGUCACCACCAUCAUCACCACCACCAUCACCAUCAGCAGCACAUCCAGGGUGAUCCGGACGACGUGCAGCAGCGGACCGGCGACGAAGCCGACGGUAGGGUGACGCCGGUCACCGAGACAGGACCCGGGAAUCCGACGCUCGGAGUUGGCGAGCACAAGAUGAUUGACCUGAUCUACAAUGACGGUCAGAAAACCGUGAUGUACACCCAUGACAAAGAGAUCAUUUACGAGAACGAAGCUGACAGGGUGCAAGUGGUGGAGUAUCCUCCUCCACCGCCCUCACCGCCAUCCCCUUCGCCACCCUCCGCCGUCACGAGAACUGGAUUGCUACCCCCGGCUUGCGUCACACCAAGAUCAGCCUCGGCUUCCGCGGCGCUGCACUUGCACCACUAUCCCCAGCUGCAGCUACAACACGAAGACGACCUGCCACCUGGCGUGCGCCACGCGGUGAACGCUACCGUGCCCAAUUGCGCCGCUGCCACCACCACCACCACAGUCCUGGUCCUAUCCGAAUUGGUGGCCGCUGAUCCUGCUGCCGGCGCCGCAGCCGCACAGCAACUUACCCUCACCGCUGCUGCUGCCGCUGCCUCGCUACGGGCUGGACGACGAAGCCGCGGCGAGGAGGAGACGAACAGCGGCGUGGUCAGCGAGGACGCAUCGCAGCAACAGCAACAGCAGCCAAGCUACGUGUCCGGGCAGCGCGAGACAGAGGAAGAGGAGGAACUGGGGGCGGAAGAGGCGGCGGCGCAGGCGGCCCAGUCCCUGCAAAGCGGCGCCGAGGGCGCCGACCCGGAGGUACACAAGAGGGUUGCUGCCGUGCAGGUGCAGGUGCAGGGUAUGGAGGGCGACUGGCGGACCUACUGCGAGCAUCCGCUCUCGGUAGCGACCGCGGCGAUGCUCAAUCUGCAACAGCAGCACCAGGUCUCGGCCGUGGCGAGCCACGGCGACGAUCCUGCCGCUUCCUACGUCUACGAGUACUACAAACUACCCGAGAAGACCGCGGCGGAGGUCAAACUGCCGCCAACUCAUGAACUAUGGUCCACGGGUGUGAUGGGCCCGAAGCUGCUGGUGCAGGAGGCGCCUGGCUCCGGUUCCGGUUCGGCGAAUCGCAUGGAAGGCGGCGAAGGCGCCGGGGGAGGGGAGCUACACCACUUCCUCCAUCAGUACAACCAGCAGUCCCACAGUCCCGGGCAGAGCCUGCAAGGCGGCCUUCCGCUUCCGCUUAGCCCGCAGUCGCUCAGACACGACGGAUCGUCAAGCGCCGGCAUCACCGGCGUGAAAAGGGAGCCGGAGGACCUGAGCUCCUCCAGAGGGGCGCAGCAGUCCAACAAGAGGCACAAACAGGCCCAGCCGGACAGUCCCACGCCACCGGGGAUGUACCAUCAUCAUCAGCAUCAGCUGCAGGUGCAACAGUACGGAAGCCCCUACGACCCCUACGGCUCGUGCAGCCCUCGACUGCAGUCCACGGCGUACACGUCGACCUCGGCGACGGGCGCGGCGAACGCUGGUAAUCCGGGAGGUCUUCACCAGGAGGCGACCGCGGUGUACGUAACCGGUGACGCACUCCCGCCGCUGGCGUCCUCGAGCUCGUCCUCGUUGUCGACUACGACCGCUUCGUACACGAGGUACGAGGUUGUGCCAAGCUCUUACGCGACGACACACGCGAUACGCUCGUCCUCGAGCAGCAGCAAAGUCCUGACCGUUGAUCUUCCCAGCCCUGACUCCGGCAUCGGCGCCGACGCGGUCACGCCCAGGCAAGAUCAUCAUCCACCCACGGCGCUGCAUCAGUCCUCCUUCGACUACACGGAAUUGUGUCCCGGAGGAACGGCGACCGGAACCGCGGUGGUCCUCGAGAGCGGCGCAGUGAUACACCACCAGCCGCUGCAGCUGCAACUGCAACAGAGCCACGCACAGGCGCAGGUGCAACGUGGAACUUUGGUAUCCUCGGCCGCUACGAACCCGAACCCCAACCCGAAUCCUCCGAGGUCGCGACCUUGGCACGAUUUCGGGAGACAGAACGACGCGGACAAAAUCCAGAUACCAAAAAUAUUCUCCGCCUAUGGGUUCAAGUAUCACCUGGAGUCGCCAAUUAGCACGUCGCAGCGCCGCGAGGACGACAGAAUUACAUACAUCAACAAGGGACAAUUUUACGGAAUCACGUUGGACUAUGUGCCGGAUCCCGACAAACCGACCCUCAAGACUGGACAGACGGUUAAGAGCGUGGUAAUGCUGAUGUUCCGAGAAGAGAAGAGCCCCGAAGACGAAAUUAAGGCGUGGCAGUUCUGGCAUGGAAGGCAACAUUCUGUCAAGCAGCGUAUCCUCGACGCAGACACGAAGAACAGCGUGGGACUGGUGGGCUGCAUAGAGGAAGUUGCGCACAAUGCGAUUGCCGUUUAUUGGAACCCACUCGAAUCCUCGGCGAAGAUCAACGUGGCGGUGCAGUGUCUUAGUACAGAUUUCUCCAGUCAGAAGGGCGUGAAGGGAUUGCCGUUGCACAUUCAGGUGGACACGUAUGAGGAGCCGCCGCCGCAUGCUCACACCUACACGCCCCCGUCGCACCGUGGAUAUUGUCAGAUCAAAGUCUUCUGCGAUAAGGGAGCCGAGAGAAAGACACGAGACGAGGAGAGGAGAGCGGCGAAGAGGAAAAUGACCGCGACCGGUAGGAAAAAGCUUGACGAGCUCUACCAUUCCGUCACGGAGCGCAGCGAAUUCUACUCGAUGGUGGAUCUUCAUAAACCACCUGUCCUGUUCUCGCCGCCGGCCGAGCACACCAUCGACAAGUUUUCGACAAUGGAGUUGUCGGGCUUCUACGGAGGUGGCGGCGGGGGCGGUGGCGAUACAGACACAUCGUCCCUGAGUAAUGGCGAGGGCGGAGGAUUGAAGGCCGGGGGCAGCAGCCCCUAUCCUGCCUGCGGCAGACCGAGCCUGCCGGCCCUCAAGUUUCACAACCACUUCCCGCCCGACAAUCUGACUAGCCUGAACGACAAGAAGGACUCGUUGCUGAUGCAGGUGCAGGAGCUGCAUGGAUCCGUGCUGCAGAGCGUGCAACAGGGUGGUCUCGGGGCUACGGUCGUCUCGGGGGUUGGAAACAGAUUGCAUCUCCAGCAACAGCCGCCGCAUCUUCGACCGGCGGACGCUGAAGAAAGAGUGAUGCUGUACGUUCGCCAGGAAUCCGAGGACGUGUACACGCCUCUGCACGUCACGCCGCCAACUGUCCAGGGACUUUUGAACGCUAAUUACAGCGAAAAUUGACGACGACAUGAUCCGAUAUUACGUGGACGAGGACCUGUUUCUCCUGGAGGUGAGCCAUUCCCGAGUGAAUCCGGACCCGAGCAGCGAGCGCAACCCCAAUCCCGGGUCGCCGGGUGACCCUGGUGAUCCCGGGGACCCGCCGACAGCAGCCGGCUACGACGUUACCCUGAUCGAGCUGCCGUCGUCCCAGGCCCACAUAGCCCAUUCGCCUCUAACGAACUCGGCGCACGGUCACGCGCACGUACACGAGACCGGCAACACGUGAAAGAGACGCGGGCCGAGGGUACGCGUGUCCACGACGGUCCGUGCCACGUGUAUCCCGUUGUGACCCGGUGUAAAUAAGUCUGAGGGACUGAGGAGGCAGCAAUGCAGCGGUGCAAUGCGAGAACAGCAGCGUUUCAAGGCGCAGCGCUCGAUCCCGGAGGAAUCGGAGGAAAGAUAUGAACGUAGAUGAAGAAGAAGAAGGAGAAUAUGAAGAAGAUGAAGAAGAAGGAGAAGAAGAAGGGGGAGAAGAAGAAGAAGAAGAAAGACUUCAUGUUUGGCUUGAAGAGGAAUCGAAGAUACGGAGAGCCGCGACUCGGACCCGCCCCAAGGGACUAACGUACCGUACAAUUUAAGAAGUCAGAUUGAUCGUUAGCCGAUAGUAACCGCCCGGAGCUGUACACCGUUCGUUGAGCGUCCGCGAGCGCGAGAGCUGGAUCCCGGAUAACAGAUCUUUAUUAUUAUUGUUCGCGGGUGAGAUUGUUCGUCGGAGAUUAUGUAAAUUUUUUUUACGACCGGAUCGGCUCGCGCGCCCGCGCGACACCUUGCGUCGAAUCGGCCGGUACAGCGUCCAAGAUGGCGGGGGCAUGUGCCCCGCCAUGGCGGCUCGUUAAUGUUCUAUAUUUUGUUUGUUUUCACAUGUGAACAAUUUAUAUCGAUGGUUGUUAGUUUAGGAAGAGAGAGAGAAUGAGAGAAUGAGAGAAUGAGAGAAUGAAAGAAUGAGAGAAUGAAAGAAUGAAAGAAUGAGAGAAUGAGAGUGAAAGAAUGAGAAAAUGAGAGUAUGAGGGAAUGAGAAAAUGAGAGAAUGAGAGAAUGAAAGAAUGAGAGAAUGAGAGAAUGAGAGAAUGAGAGAAUGAGAGAAUGAGAGAAUGAGAGAAUGAGAGAAAACGUCGUGGUGACACGCGAUGGCUAUAUUGUAAAUCAAUCAAAAUUGAUUUAAGGAAUCUUCCCCUACGCCCACUACCCCUAUUUUUCUCCCCCCUCACCCAUUACAUGUUAAGUAUACGUGUGACGUAUAAGAUGUAUAUGAAGAGAUCGCCACUCUAUUAUUAUCGUAUCGUCGCUGUAGAGUUUAAAUUCAUUGUUUACGCGUUUCUCAGCGGGCUGAUGUUCUCUUUCUCUCUUUUUUUUAUUUUUAUUUUCCAACGAGACACAGUCCGCCCGUAGAUUUAUAUUUUGCGUAAGCAUCGUCGCGAAUUGUCCGACGCCAUUCCAAGACAGACCGGUGCCAUCGAGCAUUAUUAUAAUAGCGUUAACGCUCGUACAGACAUGCAACACACGUAACACUCAUACAUACACAUAUAUACAUAAUGUACCGCGCGCAGAUAAGUUUCGUUUUUGAUUUUUGUUCGGGUUCCGAACCGCUUAGUGUCAUACUCGCCCUCAGGAUUUCGGAAGCCGAGGAUUCUUCCGAGCAACUUCGCUGUCAUUCCACGUCCUGAGCGUCCCAGGAUCCUUUGAUAUUAUACAAAGACACCAAGUAUUACUCAGAUACGUAAUUAACACGGUCGAAUAACUGGCGAAAGGAUUAAACGAUUCCCGCGACGCAGGUGAACCCGAAAUUUCGUAGGACCGAGGGUUGAUCUUUAGGUGAUUCGCGACAUGUUGGUGUCCGUUAAUAUAGAAUCGAAUUCGAACGAGUCACAUCUUGAAAGUUGAACGUAUGGCAAGCGUGUUCUUUUCAAUUGUGAAUAUUUCGAAUAUAUAUUUUGUACAUACGAAACCUCGAGGCUCGGACUCUUUGGGGAUGAAACAAUCGUUUGUGAAUCACAUACGCGACCGAUAUUUUAGAAAAUUUGUUGUUCUUACAAGGAGGCGAAGCGUAUACGUAUCUUUGUAUCGAAAACAUGAAUUUUUAAUAUUCUAAUUUAACGAAAUUUGACAGUUUUUUCAUGAAUCUCUUUGUUCAGCAUUUCGUCCCAAUCGUUUUCAAAAAGUUCAAUCCUAGCUUGCCUCGAUCACGGCAGAAAACCGAUUCUCAGCGCCUCGAAAAAUCGUUGAUCGAGAGCGACAAAAGUAGAUAAACGUGUUUCGACGGCACGUGGCUAUAUUGUUUUGUUUCUGUUGCAAAGCGAAGCGGGAUUAACGUGCCACUGGUGAAAGCAAGCCAUUUGCCACUCUCGUCGCGUACAUUUUUAAGAGGUCACGUGCACACGCAUACAAACACGAAAACACACGUAUACAUACACUCUCAUAUCCAUCCAGCAUCACCGAUCGAAAAGUACAGUAAUUUACUCGCAUUUAGAUUGGACUAGAGAACAUUAUGAUCACGAUACUUGUUUUAUCUUUCACACGCACACAUACACACAUUCGAAAUAAAUAUAUAUAUUAUACAUAUGAAUAUAAAUAUGAAUAUAUUAUGUACACAUUCACACACGGAACACGUCGCGUCGCGAACACACCGAUAUCAAAGCAAGGAUCAAAAUACGCUUGUAAAAUGCAUAUUAUUAUGAGUACUAUAUUUUGUUACAUCUAUUGCAAGACAGCAUAUAGUUUGAUAUUAUUAAUAUUAUUGAUUCUAUUGAUUAGAGCUGCGUAAUUACGUAUAUAUAUAUAUAUAUAUUAUAUAUAUAUUUUAUAGUAUAUAUAUAUAAAAUUAUUAUUAUUAUUAAUAUUAUUAUUAUAUUAUAUUAUUAUUAUUAUUAUUAUUAUUAUUUUUAUACAAGGAAUGCAUGUUUUCAUGGUACGAAAGUGCGCGUAAAAGAGGGUCGAAGCGAGGAAAACGAGAAAGAGAGAAAGUAAGAAAGAAUGAGCAGAAUGAAUGGUAAAACCGAAACGAGUAUGCGUGAAAGGGGCAAAACGGAACGGAGUGGUAGAUACUGCAAGGUUAACGAGGAUCGUUUAGCGUUGCUCCAUGACAUUGUUUUUGCUCCGUAAUUGAUAGCAGACUCCCGCCCCCUCCCCGAACCCUAAUCAUCCCAAGACGCCCAAAUAUUCGCCAAGCAGCCGGCAGCAAGACGCGGAGGAAUCGCGUUCGUGCCGCGGUCGCGAGAUGAUUCUUAUCGCUAUCGUAUCGAACCUUUAUUAUCCUUACGUUUAUUAAUAUUAUUAAUUAAUUAUACAUUAUGGAGGACCGUCGCGUUAGGAUCACGAGGAGACAGUGGAUCGCCUGAACAAGACCGGUGAAUGGACGAAGCUCGUUCGAACAGUGAAAGGAAGAUGAUAACGGAGACGCCAUUUUUGUUCUCUCUGCGCUCUCUUUCGCGUUGAUUACGCGACAAACAAGCGUAACUUUUAUUCUGUGUUUCUUUUCUCUACGAAUGAAGAGCGUCGUCGAGUGUUUUUGGGACGUGUAUAUUGGAUUUUCUCGUGAUCGUGACGCGGCCGCCGCCGAUAUCGUACUUAAACGUGAACGACGAUGCGGAACGUAGCCCACAGGCUUCUUCGCCAUCACAUUUCGUGUUGGAAACGUUGCCCGCGUCAACGGAGGAACGUUGCGGAACAGACCGACCCGGCGCGGUCGCUAGCGCAGCGCGACGCUGUAAUUUGUUAGAGGAGCCCGUGAAGCCCGGAUUAUAAUGUUGCGGAUAACAGAUAAAUGAUGUGAGAAUACCGAAUAUAUGUACCGUUUUCGCGUUGUCUUGCCAUCGUGAGAUUGUGCCAGAGGUGAUAUUAUAUUACGCUGUUUAUUGCAAACAAUAAAUAUUAUAUUAGUACG